AUGUCUGAAAUCACCUUAGGAAGAUAUCUCUUUGAAAGAUUGAAGCAAUUGGAUGUCAACACAGUCUUCGGAUUGCCAGGGGAUUUCAACCUUUCCCUCUUGGAUAAAAUUUACGACGUCGAAGGUAUGAGAUGGGCCGGUAACGCCAACGAGUUAAACGCUGCCUACGCCGCCGACGGAUACUCCAGAAUCAAGAGAUUGGGAUGCCUCAUCACCACCUUCGGAGUAGGAGAAUUGUCUGCCCUUAAUGGGGUGGGAGGUGCCUACGCCGAGCACGUCGGUUUGAUCCACGUCGUGGGAGUGCCUUCGAUCUCGUCGCAGGCCAAACAGCUUUUGUUGCACCACACGUUAGGAAAUGGAGACUUUACGGUUUUCCACAGGAUGUCUAACAAUAUUUCGCACACAUCUGCGUUUAUUUCUGACAUCAAUUCUGCCCCCGGUGAAUUGGACAGAUGUAUUAGAGACGCCUAUGUGUACCAGAGACCCGUGUACAUCGGCUUGCCCGCCAACUUGGUGGACUUGACGGUGCCCGCCAGCUUGUUGGAUACGCCCAUUGAUUUGUCGUUGAAGCCCAACGAUCCUGAAGCGGAACAGGAGGUGAUUGACCAUGUAUUGAACUUGGUGAGCCAGGCCAAAAACCCGGUUAUCUUGGUGGAUGCAUGCUGCUCCAGACACGACUGUAAACAAGAAGCCCGCCGGUUGGUGGAAAUCACCCAAUUUCCUGUCUACACCACUCCCAUGGGUAAAGGUACUAUUGAUGAAGGUGGAAUCAGUGGAGAAUUGGUGGAUAAUGAUCCCAACUUGAUCAAGAAAAUGAGUGCCAAAUUGAACGGAGAGCACAGUGUCGCUUCCCGGUUCGGCGGUGUGUACGUCGGGACCUUGAGUACCCCCCAGGUCAAAGAGGCGGUGGAAAGUGCCGAUUUGAUCCUUUCGCUCGGAGCCUUGUUGUCGGACUUCAACACUGGGUCAUUCUCGUACUCGUACAGGACCAAAAACGUCAUUGAGUUCCACUCUGACUAUACCAAGAUCAGACAGGCCACCUUCCCCGGGGUGCAAAUGAAAGAAUGCUUGAACCACUUGUUGAGAAGAAUUGCUGAAGCUUGCACCAACUACGUACCUCAGCCGGUGCCAAAGACCAAGUUGGUCAACACGCCUGCCAGCAGAGAUAGUAGAUUGACCCAGGAAUGGUUAUGGACCAGAGUUUCGUCUUGGUUCAAGGAAGGAGAUAUUAUCAUCACUGAGACUGGUACGUCUGCAUUUGGAAUUGUUCAGUCCAAGUUCCCCAAUAACACGGUGGGUAUUUCGCAGGUGUUGUGGGGAUCUAUUGGGUUCACUGUGGGGGCCACCUUGGGAGCGGUGAUGGCGGCCGAGGAAAUCGACCCUAAUAAGAGGGUCAUUUUGUUCGUGGGAGACGGUUCUUUGCAGUUGACAGUGCAAGAAAUCUCCACCAUGGUCAAGUGGAACACCAAUCCUUAUCUUUUCGUGUUGAACAACGACGGUUAUACCAUUGAGCGGUUAAUCCAUGGAGAAAACGCCAGCUAUAAUGAUAUUCAACCUUGGGACAACUUGGGAUUGUUGCCAUUGUUCAAUGCUAAAAACUACGAGACGGUGAGGGUAUCUACCAUUGGAGAAGCUGAGGACUUGUUUACCAGUAAGGCGUUUGCUAAGAACGACAAGAUUAGAAUGGUUGAGGUGAUGUUGCCUAGAAUGGAUGCCAGUCGGAACUUGGUAUUGCAAGCACAAUAUAGUGCCCAGGCCAAUGCCGAAAAUUAA